AUGGUUUUCAAUGACCGAGUUGGCAGUGCUGCCCAAUACCUGGAUGCUGAUGGUGCUGGUGGCGUUCUUCCCCUGGGUGAAGAGGUGAGUGGGAAGUCAGUUCUAGAGCACCUGCGGGAUAAGCACCCUGCUCCCCAGCCGGCUGAUCCAGACAUCCUACUGGACUGUAGCCCCGACCCCCCGGAUCCAGUUAUGUUUGAGGCGAUAACACCAGCAGCUAUGAAGAAGACGAUAUUGGGAAUGAAGGGAGCUGCUGGACCUUCGGCUUUGGAUGCGGCUGCCUGGCGUCGGAUGGUUGGCAUGUUCAAGUCAGCUUCUGACGAGCUCUGUUCGGCCCUCUCUCGCGUGGCCAAAUGCCUGUGCACGGAGAGGCUGGACGCUUUGCAUCUGCGCCCGUUUCUGGCAGCGCGACUGAUACCACUGGAUAAGCGAUCUGGCGUGCGGCCCAUCGCUGUGGGUGAGGUGUUUCGGCGUGCAGUUGGCAAGGCAAUCAUGAAGGCGAUUGAGAAGGAUGUGGUGAUUGCGACGGCGCCAACCCAGCUGUGCGUCGGGAUACCAUCGGCAUGUGAAGUGGCUGUGGAGGCGCUGUCAUCGGUAUUUGCCAAGGAUGAGUCAGAGGCAAUACUCCUCGUCGACGCCACUAACGCCUUUAAUUCAGUGAACCGGGCAGCUGCACUGAACAACAUACCACGCGUGUGCCCAGCUGCAGGGCGGGUAUUUGUGAACACGUACCAAGCGGAUAUCCCCCUGUACCUGGAUGGUGGCGAGACACUCUACUCAAGAGAGGGCACGUGCCAAGGAGAUCCACUGGCCAUGGCAUUUUAUGCUUUGGCUACCGGCCCUCUGGCCAAGCAUCUGUCCACAACAUGCAGUGGUUCCAUGCAGGUGUGGUAUGCUGACGACGAUGCCGCUGUGGACCGCGUUGUGGCACUCGGUGAGUACUGGAACUGCAUCUCGGCUGAGGGCCCGAAGUAUGGCUACAAGCCUAAUGCUGCCAAGACCGUGCUCCUCGUCAAGAGCCAUCUGGUGUCAGACGCUGAGCGGGUAUUUGCUGGCACUGGCAUCCGGAUUUGCUCUGAUGGCGUCCGGUAUCUCGGUGGAGUCAUCGGCGGCACUGAGUUCUGUGGUGGGUUUGUGAGAAGCCGUGUGGGUGACUGGUGUGCUUUAACCAAGAGGCUGGCGAGUGUUGCAGAGACCCAGCCCCACGCGGCUUACCACUUAUUCAUCUCUGCCAUUCAGUCUCGGUGGUCAUACUUGCAGCGCGUUGCUAAUGCUGACGGGGCACUCUACGCACCCCUGGAUCGCGUCCUAAAUGAACAGCUGCUGCCUGCAUUCACGGGCCAUUCUGUGCCGGUUGAGGGAGGUUUGCGAGCACUGCUUUCCCUUCCAGCGAAGCUUGGUGGUCUUGCGGUCCGUAGCAAUGUGUCACGGGCGGCUGCUGAGCGCACCUUGUGCCGAGACGCCAUUGCACCCAUGGUGGAGUUGGUAGUCGGUGGCACCUCCACGCAUGAGGUGUCGUCUGUGGUAACAGCAUGCAGGACAUUGGCUGCAGGUGCUCGGGCGGCGCGCCGUGUUCAGCAGCGGAACUUGGCAGAGGAGAUCCGAUCCGGCCUCCCGCCCACGCAACGGCUACUGGUAGAGGUCGCAGGUGAAGAUGGCGUCUCAAGUUGGUUGACGACUCCACCUGCGACUACAAUGCCUGGGACCGUUUUCAGCAGGACGGAUUUCCGUGAUGCUGUGGGCCUACGAUAUGGCCUUCCCUUGGAAGGUUUGCCAGCAUCAUGCGUGUGUGGCAAAGACAUGACAAGCCACCACGCUAUGACAUGCCCCUGUGGCGGGUACCCAACGCGACGUCACAACGAGGUUCGGGACCUGCUGGCUAGUGCCAUGUCCGAGGUGGCGUAUGAUGUCGAGUUGGAGCCUGUUCUGCUGCCUCUCGAUGGUGAGACGGUCUCAGGUAUUAGAGCUGAUGCCGCUCGUGCAGACAUACGGGCUCGCGGUUUCUGGACGCGACAGCAAAACGCCUUCUUUGAUGUUCGGGUUACCCACCCAAGGCCGUCUUUGCUGUCGCGUUCGGGAGUAGCGAGCCAGUUGUCUGACAACGAGAGGCAGAAGAAGCGCCAGUACUCGAGCCGGAUCAACAACGUCGACCGCGGUUCGUUCACGCCGUUGGUUUUCGCCACCAAUGGGCAGUGUGCGCCGGAGGCGUCAAUAUUCCUGAAGUCGUUAGCAGCUCAAAUCAGUGAGAGGAACCGUGAUCUCCCCUACUCACUGAUCAUGCGCCAGCUUCGUGCCCGGAUCAGUGUGUGCCUGAUUCGCUGGCAAAUAACUUGUCUGCGGGGGUCACGGCACUCGUACCGCGGAAGGCUCAUGGGUGCUGGUCAUGGCGGUUUUGUGGUGGAGUGCAGGGCCCGUGCUCACCUAGCUGUUUAG